CUUUCCUCCUUAUCCCCCAUUACUAUUAUUUCCUCUUUUGUCAACCCCUCCCCCUUUUUACAAUCUCAUUCGUUUCUUGAUUUCUUUUUUUUAGGGGGCCCCAUCUGCCUUUCCAGGGGCGCAGCAGGCGCGGCGGGCGCCCCUCACCCCGCGUCACGCACGCAUUUUCUGCAACCCAACAGCUCCGGGCCCCGCUGCACCCCACAGGCCCUUCCCCCUUGGAGAAGACCCUCCUCAGGAGCCCCUGGCCUGCUGCACCCCCUUUUCUUUCCCACUCCGUCCUCCCGGGCCUCAACUGCCCCCCUCGCAGCCCCCCAGCUCGCGUCGCGGGCCCUACCCGACCUCCCCACCUUCUGCAUCUGGGCCUUGCAUUCGCUAGCCCCUUCCAGGCCCCUUCUGCUCAAAAUCCCCCUUCCUCCUCCAUAGUCCCACUUUGGGGCACCCAGAUUUGUCCCUUUUUAGGAUCUUCCAGCAAAACUCCAAAUCUCUCCUCCCUUCCUUGACGUGCCCCUCCCCCUCCUUUAAGAAACUUCCUUUAGCGCAAAAAAAGAAAACAAAAUUAACCCAGUUUUUUUUAUCCAUUCAGGAUCACUUUCCAGCAAAAUUUUUUUCUUCACACCUAGAGUGCCCCUUUUUGGAAUAUCUUUUCGCUUAGAACAAACCAACUAAUUCCUUCCAGUUUCUCUCUCGUCUAAUACUUAUAUUUCCAGUCUUCCUCACCUACCCCCAACUUUCCAGCAAAUAUCCUUAUUUUAUCACCAAUUCUGCCCUAAUUAAGUUUCUCCCGGGCAAAAGAAAUUGGGAGUGUCCUGCAUUUACCACUCAGCGUUCCAGGAGGACAUAUCCAAUGGUCUGCUUGUCACCUGAACCCCCUCCCUGUGGGGCCUAAACUGGGUCCUCCUGUUCCCUGGAGAUUCACUAACUUGCUCUUCUGAUGGAGUCUGGCUUUGUCACCAGGCUGGAGUGCAGUGGCAUGAUCUUGGCUCACUGCAACCUCCGCCUCCCGGGUUCAAGCAAUUCUUCUGCCUCAGCCUCCUGAGUAGCUGGGACUACAGGAAUUAGUUGCCAUCAAGGGCUCUCUCCUCCCUGUCUCUUUACAUGGUUCUGCUUAUCCGGAGAGUAGCUCUUGGCUAAGACCUGGCAGUGGAGAGCCAUGGACCAGUACAGCCUUGGAGACGAGGGUGCCCUCCCAUCAGAAAUGCACCUCCCUUCAUUUUCAGAGAGCCAAGGGCUCAACUGCAGCAACACCCUCAACCGGGAUUUGGGUCCCAACACGCGAGACUUUCUUUAUGCUGGCUUCAGUGGUCUGGACCCGGACCCCAGCCUCCCAACGCCUGACAUGUCCAGCGAGGUGCUGGAGGACAACUUAGACACCCUGUCCCUGUACUCCGGGAAGGACAGUGAUUCUGUGAAGCUGCUGGAGGAGCAUGCAGAUUCGGAGUCUCAGGCAUCCUUACAAGACCUGGGGCUAGGUGUGCUUAAGGCUAAAGAGGCUGACGGAGGAGGAAGGGCCACCUCGGGGAGUGCCAGGAAAGGAAAGCGGCAGCACAAUUCCCCUCAAAACCCACUUCUGGACUGCAGCCUGUGUGGGAAGGUGUUCAGCAGCGCCAGUUCUCUGAGCAAGCACUACCUGACACACAGCCAGGAAAGGAAGCACGUCUGCAAAAUCUGCAGCAAGGCCUUUAAGCGCCAGGACCACCUGACCGGGCACAUGCUCACCCACCAGAAGACAAAGCCCUUCGUGUGCAUCGAGCAGGGCUGCAGCAAGAGCUACUGCGACUACCGCUCUCUGCGCCGGCACUACGAGGUCCAGCACGGCCUGUGCAUCCUGAAGGAAGCCCCCCCGGAGGAAGAGGCCUGCGGGGACUCCCCCCACGCCCACGAGUCGGCCGGCCAGCCGCCCCCCAGCAGCCUGCGGUCCCUGGUGCCCCCAGGGGCCAGGUCCCCCGGCUCCCUCCUGCCCCACCGGGACCUCCUGCGCCGCAUCGUGAGUAGCAUCGUCCACCAGAAGACCCCUUCUCCUGGCCCAGCCCCGGCGGGGGCUUUAGACAGCGAAGGGAGGAACACUGCCUGUCCCUGCCCCGCCUCAUCGGGGUCCUUGUCCUGCACCCCAGCCGGCCCCCCCGCGGAGCUUCCCGAGGAGCCUCGCCUCCCACACAAAGAGCCGGCCACUGAUGUGUUCACAGCCCCUAAUUCCAGGGCCGCCGAGAACGGCGCCCCCGACCCGUCAGAACCGGAGCCAGAUACCGCGCUGCUCCAGGCCCGGUCCACCGCGGAGUACUGGCCCGAAGGCGGCUCCGUGCCUGCCUGCCUGCCUCUCUUCCGAGGCCAGACGGUCCCUGCCAGUUCCCAGCCGUCAAGUCACAGCUUCCAGUGGCUCCGGAACCUGCCGGGCUGCCCCAAAAGCAAAGGCAACAACGUGUUUGUUGUCCACAAGCCCUCGGCUGUGCCCUCGCGGGAGGGCUCCGAGUCUGGCCCGGGACCCAGCAGCGCAAGCCCCUCGGAGGAGUCCCCGCCCGGCCCCGGCGGCGGCCUGGAGGACGCGCUGCCCUUCCCUCCCGCGCUCCUCAGGGUCCCCGGGGAGGCCCCGAGCGACCCCAGGUCGGCCAGCGGAGAAGAUGACCCCUGCGCCCCCAAGAAGGUCAAGCGCGACUGCGACUCCUUCUUGUGCCAGAACCCCGGGGAUCCCGGCCUCCAGGAGGCCCAGAAGCCAGGGGGGCUCCCUGUGGAUGCCUCGCCGCUCUUCCGCCAGCUCUUCCUCAAGUCGCAGGAGCCUCUUGUGAGCCACGAGCAGAUGCAGGUGUUCCAGAUGAUCACCAAGUCCCAGCGGAUCUUCUCCCACGCCCAGGUGGCAGCAGCCUCCUCCCAGCUCCCUGCGCCCGAGGGCAAGUCAGCCGCCCUGAGGCCGCUGCAGGGGUCGUGGCCGCAGCAGCCCCCGCCACUGGCUCCUGCUGUGGACUGUCUCCACGCCGGCCCUGGAAACCCCGAGGCAGAGGGCUCCCCAGCCCGCAGAAGAAAAACCACACCCAGGGUUCCCAGAGAGGCCUCCCCCGGCAACACGAGACGAGACGCAAAGGGGGGACUGAAAGAGGCCGCGGUUCCAACACCCCUUGCAGCGCCGUCUCUGGACCCUUCCAGGAAUCCAGACAUCUCUUCUCUGGCCAAGCAGUUGCGAUCCUCUAAAGGAACCUUGGACCUGGGGGACAUCUUCCCCUCCACAGGCCAACGACAGACCCAGUUAGUUGGGGAGGAGCCACCGGGAGCUUCGCUGCCCGGGAAGCAGGCCCCAGCCGAGAAUGGCGCGGCUUCAAGGACCACGAAAGGUGAAAAGGCCCCAGCCUGCUCCCGGGGUGGAGGUUACCGGCUCUUGGGCAACCCCAGGACCCCGCGAUUCUCCGGCUUCCGGAAAGAGAAGGUGAAGAUGGAUAUGUGCUGUGCGGCUUCUCCGAGCCAGGUAGCCAUGGCCUCCUUCUCAUCGGCCGGGCCCCCGGCAGAUCUCUCCAAGUCCAAGCUGACAAUAUUCAGCAGAAUCCAGGGUGGAAACAUCUACAGGCUCCCGCAUCCGGUGAAGGAAGAGAACGUGGCAGGCGGACGUAACCAGCAAAACGGCAGUCCCACAGACUGGACGGAGCCCAGGAGCACUUUUGUCUGCAAGAACUGCAACCAGAUGUUUUACACGGAGAAAGGGCUGAGCAGCCACAUGUGUUUUCACAGCGACCAGUGGCCGUCACCUCGAGGGAAGCAGGAACCGCAGGUGUUUGGCACAGAGUUUUGCAAGCCGCUAAAACAGGUGCUGAGGCCAGAAGGGGACAGGCAUAGUCCCCCAGGAGCCAAGAAGCCCUUGGACCCCACAGCUGCAGCCCCUUUGGUGGUCCCCCAGUCGAUCCCCGUGGUUCCAGUGACCCGACACAUAGGGAGCAUGGCCAUGGGACAAGAGAAAGACGGGGAGGAGCGAGACAGCAAGGAGAGCAGCCAGCAGAGAAAGCGGAAGAAGCGGCCCCCACCCAAGGGGCUGUUCAUCCCUCCUCCACCCUCCACGGCUGGGGAGCCCGGCCCUGCAGGAUGCCACCAGAGCCGCCUGCAGUCGCCCAUGUUCCUGGUGGACUGCCUCCUGAAGGGCUUAUUCCAGUGCUCCCCCUACACACCGCCCCCAAUGCUCAGCCCCAUCCGGGAGGGCUCUGGGGUGUACUUCAACACCCUUUGUUCCACGUCCACUCAGGCCAGCCCUGACCAGCUCAUCAGCUCCAUGCUCGAUCAAGUGGAUGGGUCUUUUGGCAUUUGUGUGGUGAAGGAUGACACCAAGAUCAGCAUUGAGCCACAUAUCAAUAUAGGAAGCCGGUUUCAGGCAGAGAUCCCGGAACUCCAGGAGAGAUCCCUGGCUGGAACUGACGAGCAUGUAGCUUCUCUGGUCUGGAAGCCAUGGGGAGAUAUGAUGAUCAACCCAGAGACACAGGAUAGAGUGACCGAGCUCUGCAACGUGGCGUGCUCCAGCGUGAUGCCAGGAGGGGGCACCAACCUGGAGCUCGCUCUGCACUGCCUGCACGAGGCUCAGGGCAACGUUCAGGUCGCCCUGGAGACUCUCCUGCUCCGAGGGCCCCACAAGCCACGGACACACCUGCUUGCUGACUAUCGCUACACAGGUUCAGACGUCUGGACCCCUAUAGAGAGGAGGCUUUUUAAGAAGGCGUUCUAUGCCCACAAGAAGGACUUCUACUUGAUACACAAGACGAUCCAAACAAAGACGGUAGCUCAGUGCGUUGAGUAUUAUUACAUCUGGAAAAAAAUGAUCAAGUUUGACUGUGGCCGAGCCCCAGGGCUAGAAAAGAGAGUCAGGAGAGAGCCGGAGGAGGUGGAAAGGACAGAGGAAAAGGUCCCAUACAGCCCUCGGGAGAGACCCAGCCACCAUCCAACUCCCGAGUUAAAGACCAAGAGUUAUAGGAGGGAGUCCAUCCUCAGCUGCAGCCCAAAUGCCGGCCCUAAGCGGACCCCCGAGCUGUCUGGAAGCGCGGAAAGCCAGGGCAUUUUUCCAUGCAGAGAGUGUGAAAGGGUGUUUGACAAGAUCAAGAGUCGAAAUGCCCACAUGAAGCGGCACCGCCUUCAGGACCACGUGGAGCCCAUCAUCAGGGUGAAGUGGCCGGUGAAGCCCUUCCAGCUGAAGGAAGAGGAGCUGGGAGCUGACAUCGGCCCCCUGCAGUGGUGACUCCCGUGGCAGCAAGUCCGAAUGGGGCCUCCAGUGCUGCCCCUCCUCCCUUCGGCCUCUCCAGGGUGUUUGGGCACCCCUCUGCCUCCCCCCACCCUCCCUGUCCCCCGUUGGCCAACCUGCCUGCAAACAUGGCGGGCAUUUGGCCACAGAUAGGCAGGAGGAGCUCAGUUGUCGGACAGCUAUGCAGUCCCUGUCUGGUGGCGCUGGAGGCUCCACUCUCCUUAGAUUCAUAGUCUCUCCCCUUCUUUCCCUUCCAGUUCUAGAGCAGGGAGGCUUGGGGAGGGGAAAAGUUAGCUCUGGGUAGCUCUUAAAUCUUAGCCUCAGUUGUGGGGUUUGGUUUCAUGUGUUAGAUAAGGCCAAGACGUAGAGAAUCAGUGGGAAAAAACCUUGAGAUCUCUAACAUGCUGGGCCCCUCCCCGGGGCAGGGACUCUACCUUCCAAAUUCAGUCCCUAGUCUUGCGAUGAAUUCUGCAUUGUUCGGUGUUUUUUGUACGUGUCAACUCGUAAAUCUGAUUAAAUUGAGUUCUUGA